GGUCUCCAGACACUGACUGCAUUACCCUGACGUGUCCCGAGCUCAGAACACCAAGAAAAUACGCUGUUAGGUCCUUCCUCAACCUCCACAACGCUUGUGCUUUCUCCAUUUCCUCUUGUGGAUGCCCAGUUAGAUAUGAAACAUCUCUAGCUGAGAACUUCAGGCACCGCUAACUGUAGAAAUGUCAUUUGUGUUUGCAGGUAAUCACACAAUAGAAGCAGACGAUCUGAUUCACCUGCAAACAGCACUGGAAGUACAGUCUGAAAUCAGUGACAUACUAAAUAAAAAUAUAUUUGAAAUGAAAACCCCAGUACAUACGUCAGCCAAGAUUAUGAUGACUGCACACAUCACUUUUACAGCAAAUAAUGCAUCACUGGUAUGUUAACAGUUUUUACUUACAAACACAUUAUUCUGUAGAUGGAUUUUAGCUUUAAUCUUUUUUUUUUUUUUUAAUAACCCAAUGGGUAUUCUGAGUACAAAAAACAAGUGUUUUCUUCCUGAGAAGUCAUAAAUAUGCAUACCGUUCCCUUCCACUCACUUUAAGUUCCAUUUCUUUUUUGCACAACAUAGUAGCUUGAUCUUCAUUUGGGUUAUUUUCACUGGAUAUGGAAUGCAAUGCAAAGCAUAUAAUGAAACAGGACAUAGCCAAGGAGGGGACAGAAAUGAAGAAAGGGAAUAAAACUUACUUUUUCUGCAUCUAUUUAGUGCAACUCCAGUUUGUCUUUAAUUUGUGCUGACUAGGAUGACAAAACCAAAGACAAACUAUAAUCUCCUUAGUUCGUCUCUCCUUUGCUUGAAAUAUAAUCAAUUUAAGACAUCAGUAUAUUCUGCUUGCUCCAAAACCCAAUACUGAAUUAAAUGAGGCUGAUUAAAAUUGUUAACGUAAUAGCUAAAUGGCCUUGACAGAGAAAAUUUGUGCAAGCCUUGACUGAGAAGUGGCUUUUUUAGCAACUCAGAUGUCUUAUGCUUAAAUUACUACAUUUCAUUAUUCUUACAGUAUGAUUUUUUUUUUUGGACAUUUGUUUUUAAUUUUGUGAGGUAGCAUAUGGAAUAUCCUGAAUUGUCGUCUUCUCAAAGAGAAGUUCACCAUGACCAACAAUCCGGUUCUGAAGAGCGCGUGGAAGUAAACUGCAGUGCUAAAAAUGUGGUCAGUGAUAUACAAAUUUCACAUAGGAUUUCACUGAAAACUGAAAAGGUUGAAGAUUCAGAAAAUCUAAUUGGAAACAAAAGGAUACUUAAAAUAAACAAUGAGUUUACACGUGGACAUUUGGUAUCUGGCACUGAUUCAGAGACAGAAAGAUCAGAUGCUGCCCAGGAGAAGAUGCUGCUGAGGCUAGGAGAUCAGAAGUUCAGUAAAAACAAAGCAUCCCCUGAAUAUGAUGGAGAAAUUGAAGCAUUGCAUAAGCCUCUGAAAAACUCUGAGCAUCUGCAAAAAAGAGUACAUUAUGUUGAGAAUGAAAAUCUACAUCUCAUGAACAAGGUCACACCUCUUGCUGAUUCUGUACAAUCUUUGAAAGAAAAAAUAUCAAAAUAUGAUGUGAAAAUUAAGGACUUCACGAAAGAAAAGAAGAGUAUGCAAACUCAGUUGCUUAAAUCACCAGAAGGCAAUGAGGAAUGCGUUAAGGAAGUAAAGAGUCUGAUAAGAAAAUAUAAAGAACUCCAGAACCAGAAAAUAAUCCUUGAAAAGAAAAAGAAUCAACACCACAAUGGAAACAAAGACACAACACAGGCACUACAUGAUUUUCAGAUUAGGAACAAGAAAUUAGAAGAAAAGAUGACUGUUGGUACUUGCGAAAAAGGGAGGCUCAAUGCAAUGCUAGAGUCCUUGAAACACAAAUGCUCCAAUUCACAAGAAAUAAAUAAAAAACUUGGUCAGCUUACAGAAGAAAAGAGCUCCCUAGAGCAAGAGCUUGAAGGAAAGCAGAGUGAAAUAAAACAAAUGAAAGAAAAAGAAACUGCAACAAAAUCUGAACUGGAGACUCAUCUUCAAUUAAUGCAAACAUUUGCAGAGAAAAAACUUAAUCUUGAAAUGACUCUGCAGGAAUGUUCUAAUACUAAACAGAUGCUGCUGAAGGACACUGAGGAAGUCCAGACAGAUGAAGUGUAUACAGAAAAGAAACUCAUGACUGAACCCAGAAAUGCAAAAGCAGACACUGAUCUUUUAAAAUACGACUUGACCGCUGCAAACACAGAAUAUAAGAGGUUAUCAACAGUAGUAACAGACAUCACAGAGGAAAAUCAGCUACUUAAGAGAGAACUGAAUGAAUACAGACAAUACGCUUCCAAAUAUGAAAAUGACAUUAGAAAACUGUCUAAAGAAUGCUUACUAUUAGAAAAUCAACUGUGGACUAUUGAAAAUGAGAGAGAUGUAGCACAGCUUGAAUUCCACCGUUUGCAUAAGGAUUAUGUUUAUCUCCGAGGCCAAGCUACAGCUUUAGCACGGGCACAAAAGAAACCCAAUCUCAGUUCUGGCACCAUGCAGAAUAACUGUUAUUCUGAACAUUCCACUACAACUUGUAAAGAAAUUCCUUUGGAUUGCCUUUCACAAGGGAAUGAAAAGAUAACUAAAAUACAGAAGAAAAUACGACAGGAAGAACUGAAGAGGUGGAAGGAAGAGCAAGGAAAAGAAAAUAAAAACUUCAGAGCAGUCUUCAUCAGCUGCACUACAUCAGAACAGCAGUUAGAAGUACCAUGCAGUCCAAUCUGUCUAGGAGGGCUAAAUCUGCAGAGUUCAUAAGUGAACAACAUCAUAUAUUGUCCUGAUAACCUGUACAAAGACACCUAAAGCCAGCACCAAUACCAUUAUCUUAUACAGCAUGUUUAAAAAAAAAAAGGAAUUCUGUUACAGGUCUUUGGAUAAAGAAAACAUCAAAAUUAUUGUACAGAUUACAGUACAGUAUUUUAAAAUAUUGUGCCCUCUUGAUCUAAAAGCAUGGGGUUUUAUGCCUUAAUAAAUGCUGGAAGACCUGGUCAACAAGUCUUUAUUUUUGUUUUCUUCAAUGUUAGGAAAUUGUGAGACCUAGUCUAGAAUUCACAAGCCUAGAAUUAAUAAGGAAAAAAAAGAAACAAAAAACCACCUCAUCUUGAGGACAGCAGUAAGUACCCUUAAAGAAUAAAGAUCUACACAUCUUCAAGAAAUAGCUUAGAAAUAUAAAUGCUGAGGGGUGUUUACAUGAACAAAUUUCUUGGAACACAUAUAAUAAAACCUUAUAAAAGUUAGGAUCCGAGUUUCAUCCUAGAAGAAGGUAGUUUGAAAGAUUAGGUUUGUUAAGAUACUUGCAUGAACACAGAGGUAACAGAGCUUCUCUUGAGAACAUAGCAGCAGUUAGAGUUUCCAGGAAACAGAGGAUGAGUGUUAAACAGAUGAUGAUAAUUAGAGAUAACUACCUUUAUAACAGGCUGACAAUGGUCAUUUUGAGAAUAUCGUAACUGAAAGUCUUCAAGACAGUUCUUACACAAAGUACUGUUGAAAUAAACUACAAAUUGUAAUACCACUAAAGGGAAACAAUUAUCUUAGUUUCACUGUGAGCAGACUUAUUUGGCUAAUAUAUACACUGGCAGUCUUUGAAAGAUGUGCAUUUUUUUCCACUGCAAUACUUUGUGAAUUUGAACCUAAAUUACUCAAUAGGAAGUAUGUUCUGUUAAAGUGCAUUUCAGUACUCAAGUGAGGCAGUAAGAUUAAAAAUUAUUCAUCCACCAACCUACUGAGUACAUUGUAUUACUUAUUGUAGCUUUACAACCAUGUAUGUAUGUAUAUGUCUGUGUGUGUAUGUGUAAAAACCAAACACAGAUAUUACAUUCUCAAUAAUUAAACCAGAUUGCCUUACAUACUUGAAUUCCACUUUUCACAUUUUUAUUUACGCUGAAUGCUGAUUAGCAACUGUAUUGUUAAGAGUCUUAAAUACGUAUCCUUCAU